GUCGGUCAUGUCCGGGCAGCACGGUCGCUCAGUGUUUGUCAAUUCCUGUAUCAAGAAACCGCUCAGCCCAUCCAGCAAACGUCCCAACCCAUCCUUUCUGGUGCCGCAGUGCAGUUUAGAUCGUGGCCUGCAGGAUCCCCGCGUACAGGAAGCCAUGAGCACGAUAACGCGCAAAAAAGCUUCGAUCAAGUGUCCGCUGGCACGCAACGGGCAGUACCGGCGCUCCAAGUGUUGCUCCCUGACGCACCAGCUGCGCAAGGAAGCGGACAGUUUUCAAACGAUGGUACAAUUCUACGACAGCAUACCGGACUACAACGAUCUGCUGCACUUACCGCGUGAAGAGUUUUACUGUCGGCUAAAUACGCUCAAGAAGAAACAGAAGGAGUUGAAGUCUACCUGCUUUAUGGUUGAGAAUGACAAAACGACGUGUCCACUGUCGCCCGAACCUGGUUCUUACGCUGGAAGACACGAAGCACGAGAGACGAACAAGCACAGCUAUCAGAAUGCAGUCGGAAGUGUCCCCAACAGUGGUGAUGGUGGGAAAGAAAACGAACGUAGUGAUCAAGCGACAGAAGACGGAGAAUCGUUACAUUCGUGGAGCAAAUCUCCGCCAACCGUAGUGGACGCAACGCCCGAUUGUAUCAAUAAAUCCGUCGAUGCGGUAAGGAAAGGGUCUGCAAAGUCGGUGCGUAUAGAAAGUACCAAGGAAAAUGGUCUUCAAGAAGAGCUGGCUCAAAGUAGCAGAAGGAUGUACCGAUCCGGUACACCGUACGUUUCUGAUCCGGACGAAAGCAGCGCAACUACAAAGAAUGGCGCUCCUUCAUGUGCAACGCCCUCAAAUUCGGACUUCGUCGAGCGCUAUGAUCGAUACGUGAAGCGUAGCUUGCGCUGUAAAUCGGCCAGCCCGAUACGUAACCUUGCCAAUGUCACCAUUCCGCAGCCCUACAAAAUGACACAGCGCGAGGAAGAACAGCGUACCCUGCAGGAGCUGCUGCUGGCAAGCAAAAGUGCCUUUCCCUCCAAGGAAGCGCUGCCCGAGCCGUCCACAGCCAAGCAAUCGACACAAUUUCGGGCCAACCCGGUACCGAUAACUUCUCGGAUACCGCUGUUUGAGACGAUUAUGGCAGAUCAGGAAAAUCGGAGCCGGCUAGCGAAGCUUAACUCCGAGAUCGAGCUGCAAUCGCAGAUAAAACCCUUCCAUUUUUCUGAACGACUUAGCCAGGGCCACAGUCGCUGUCUAAGCCGAAGUUUAUCUUCACCAGCAUUGCUCAGCACGGGUUACGAGUCAGGAGCGGAUGGUUUACGGAAAUCUCGCACCUUCAAAGCAAAACCGUGUCCGAAGAAACUGUUUAGCAGCUACUUUCACACCAAAGCUUGGGAGGACGAAUACUUUCGACACUUGAACAAACGAUUGCGGGCGGAGGAAAUGCUAAAGCAGGCGGCUCUGCCACCGUCCAUGGCACGGCGUGAACGUAGCGAGCGCAAAAAUUCUCUACGGGGUCAUUCGGCUGAAGAUACGGGCAAGGAUCGACCAGGCUCCUCCAACGGUGGCAAAAUGUCCAAACGUAAGCGUAAAUCACGUAAAUCCUUAAAGCGACGAAAGAGUGUGGAGCAAAAGUGUGCCGAAUAUUUCACAUCCGUUAACGAUCCCAGGGCCAGGCUUCCUUAUCCAACCAGCAACUCUAGUUGCAGCAACAGCACGGACAACAACCGAGGAUCGGGCGAUACACCGGCACCGAUUUAUCCGGUCAACAGACCAAAUCUUGCCGCCACUCUACGUACGGAAUGGUGUCGCAAGAAGCUGCGGGACAUGGAACUCGACGAAACUGUGCCGGAUAAAAAGAAAAUUCCGCGGUUCCGAUGGGGUGUUAAAAAGUCGCAGGCUUUUCAAAACUUGAACCUCGAUCAUACGCAUGAGGAAGAGCUCAAUCUUCGUCUCGCUACAAGACGCGCGGAGCAACGGCUACGGCAGGAAGAGCAUGCAAUCAACAUGGAGCUCAUGAGACAGCGUGUAAAGGCGGCCCCAUUACUACUGGAAGGACCUCCCCAGUGGGGCCCACGGCUAGGACAUGUAGCGCAUCGUUGCUCCAGUUUAAAUCGUGAAUCAGAACAAGCCCUCUUCCGUAAACCGGAUAAAGUGAGCAAAAUGGUUUCGCAGAAAUUAACAUCCGCCGGUAAUGCUGGCACGGGGAACAAAAAAUGUGACUCACCCGUUACAACGUCCACUGUCAGCAGUGGGAGUCACAAUCGGAUCACGAACCAGGAACAUCGGCACAGAACGGUAGAGAAGCGACGCAACGCCGGUAACGGAAGUAAGCUCAGCACUUACUCCUUCGAUUCUACCGGUAAGCUAAGCUAUAAAGCAUGUGACAGUGAGCUAUUGAGUCUAUCGGAUGUGUAG